GCCACGUGGGCGGAGGGGCGCGCUCCCAUUGGUGGGUGCGGAUCGGCGGGCAGGGAAAGUGCGGCCGCGGCCUCGCCCCGCAGCCGCCAGUCAGAGAAGCCCUCCCCCGGCGCUGACCGGUCAACGGUCAAACUUUCAAACCUCUAUAUAUGCCGCGGCAGGUCGGUCUCGGGAUCGCCAUCCUGCACCGGCUGCCUUGCCUAGCUCCCCUCUCCUCACCGGCAGCCUCCUCGUCUGAGCCGCCUCCGCGCCUCCCUCCGCCGAUGACCUCGACGCCGGGGAGCUUUGGAACGCUGGCGAACACCGGACCCGUCGCGCUCUCGUUCGCGACCAGCUCCUUCGCCAGCUUUCUUGGCGCCCCGGCUUCUGGCGGAGCAGACAGCGGUGGGCUGUCCAAGUUCAAGGCCAUGCCGCCGCCGUCCCUCCCGCUGUCGCACCCGCCGGCGUCGCCGUCGUCGUUCCUCAACGCGUUCUCCGGCUUCCUCGACUCGCCGAUCCUCCUAACGCCCAGCUUGUUCCCCUCGCCGACGACGGGCGCGAUCCCGUCGGAGCCCUUCAACUGGAUGGGCACGUCGGAGACCCCGCAGACCGGCGUAAAGGAUGAGCAGCGGCAGUACACCGACUUCACGUUCCAGACGGCGGCGCCCGUGCCGGAAACGACGGUGGCCGGAGCCGCGCAGACUGCGUCCUUCCCGCAAUCGUCGUCCAUGCUGAUGGCGCCAUUGGGUGGACUUGGAUAUUCGUACAACGGCGAGCUGCAGCAACAGCAGCCAUGGAGCUACCAGGAGCCCACCGCGCAAUUCGAGGCGCCGUCGGCGACGGCGACGCAGCCUGACAUGCUCGGGAACGGCGCGGCGCCCGCGGCGGUUCCCGGGUUCCGCGAGCAGAGCAACCGGCCGUCGUCGGACGACGGCUACAACUGGCGCAAGUACGGGCAGAAGAACAUGAAGGGGAGCGAGAACCCGCGCAGCUACUACAAGUGCAGCUUCCCCGGCUGCCCGACCAAGAAGAAGGUGGAGCGGUCGCCGGACGGGCAGGUCACCGAGAUCGUGUACAAGGGCACGCACAACCACCCCAAGCCGCAGAGCACGCGCCGGAACUCCAGCUCGGCCCCGGCGCCGGCGGUAUCGUCGUACGUGCUGCAGAGCGCCAGCGACGCGGCGGCGGAGCACUCCUUCGGCGCGCUGUCCGGCACGCCCGUGGCGACGCCCGAGAACUCGUCGGGGUCGUUCGGGGACGACGAGAUCAACGGCGUGAGCUCGCGGCUCGCCGGUAACUUCGGCGCCGAGGAGCUCGAUGACGACGAACCCGACUCCAAGAAAUGGAGGAAAGACGGCGGCGACGGCGAGGCGGUCUCGGUGGCUGGGAACCGGACGGUGCGGGAGCCGAGGGUCGUCGUGCAGACGAUGAGCGACAUCGACGUCCUCGACGACGGCUACCGGUGGCGCAAGUACGGGCAGAAGGUGGUGAAGGGCAACCCGAACCCCCGGAGCUACUACAAGUGCACGACGGCGGGGUGCCCCGUGCGGAAGCACGUGGAGCGCGCGUGCCACGACACCCGCGCCGUGGUCACCACCUACGAGGGCAAGCACAACCAUGACGUGCCCCCUGCGCGCGGCAGCAGCGCCUCGCUCUACCGCGCCGCGCUGGCGGCGCAGCAGGCCGCGGGGUACCACCAGCAGGGCGCCCGCGUCGCCGCCCCGACGACCGACGGGCGGUUCGGCUUCGGCGCCGGCAGCGGCCACGGUGCGUUCUGCGGCGGCCUGCUCGACGGCGGCGCGCCGACGCAGGCCGCGGACGGCGGCUUCGCCCUGUCCGGGUUCGGCAAUGGUUCGGCGUACUCUUACACGAGCCAGCAGCAGCAGCAGAGCGAGGCGAUGUACUACGCCGGCCCAUCAGCCAAGGACGAGCCACGAGACGACAUGUCGUUUUUCGAGCAGCCAUUGCUGUUCUGAUGACCGGAUGAACCACUGCCAAAAGCCCAAAAACGAUUGGCAAGACAUGGUCGUACUCGUGGUUCUUUUUGACUCGGCAGAUUAUGUACACACUAUCAUAGUAGUUCGUUGAUUUGUUUGGAGGCCCUAGCUCUGCAGGCAUCUGCAGAAGGGGUAACCUCCUGUAACAUGUACAAGAAACGUAAGUAGGACACAUCACACACUGGCGUAGGAAGCAAGGCCAUGGCACAUGUUUUUCAGCAGCUUGACUGCAAUUCUUUUUACCAAUGAAAAAGUUGUUGUAAGUUCUCAGAUCUUAGCAUGUGAAAGAAAAUGAAUGUUCAGUUCAUGUA